AAAUCUGAUUAUCAAAAGAAAGAGAGAGAAGCAAGAGAGAGAGAGAUGGGAAACAGCUUAAGGUGUUGUAUAGCUUGUGUUCUUCCAUGUGGGGCACUAGAUUUGAUCAGGAUCGUUCAUCUAAACGGUUACGUUGAAGAGAUCACACGCUCAGUAACCGCCGGAGAGAUCCUCCAAGCGAAUCCAAACCAUGUCCUAAGCAAACCAUGUUCUCAAGGAGUUGUCCGCAAAAUCUUGAUCUUGUCCCCUGAAUCCGAGCUCAAGCGAGGGAGUAUCUAUUUUCUCAUCCCGGACUCUUCCUUGCCGGAGAAGAAAAGGAGGAGAAAAGAAGGUCAUAAUCGUCCUAAAAAGACUCACAUCAACAACAACCCUAGCACUGACGCCGGCGACGUUAAAGAAGAUGAUGAAUGUGCCAAGUUGUGUGAGAAGUACUUAGAAGAAGUUGUGCCAUCGACGUCGUCGAGGAGUAAAGAACACCGUCAUCGCCGCCGACAUAGCAGAUCGGCGUCAGUAUCCACGUGGCAGCCUCACCUUGAUAGUAUCUCUGAGGAUCUUAAUUAACUCCUCUUCCAUUUAGCUAAUGGGGUGUUUUUUUUGUCCGGAAGCCGGAUUUUUAUCUCCUAGAGAUCUUUUUUUUUACUUUUGUUUUCGGGGGAAAUUCUUAUGAAAAAAUAUAAAAUGUGGAUAAGAUCUGUGUUAAAAUGA